GCGCGACCGGAAGCGGCGGGAGGAGGCGAAGGGGGCAGGAGGAGGAGGCGGCGGCGGUGCCGGAGCGGCUCCGGUGAGUCCCGGCUCCUUUCCCCUUCUCAUCCGCCUUCCGCUUCCUCUUCCUUAUCCCCGUCCUCUGCCCGCUGCCCGAGCCACCCCCUCAGCCGGCGGGGCUGCCCUGCCCCAUAUACAUCUGACUCUGAUGCUCAGCAAGUGACCUGUCUCCAGCUGCCAAGAUGGUAAUAAACGUGUGUCUCCCACAGUUCAAGCCAAGAAUUCACUGCAACAAGAUCUCUGCCGAUGGCUACGAGGUGGAGAACCUGAUCUCCGAGGACCUGGCCAGGAGGAGCCGCGGCUUCCGCAGCGAGUACUUCAUCAAACCGCCGGUGCACGUCACCAUCUCCUUCCCCUUCAGCGUGGAGAUCUGCAGGAUCAACGUGGACAUCUCCUCUGGGGGCUACCAGACCUUCUCUGGCCUGGAAGUUUACACCUCUACCUCAUGCAACAAAACCUCUUGGCAGAGCCCCGAGGGGCAGUGCUCAGGUCUGGCCGACAAGGACACCUUCACCCUGGUGGGCAAAGCUGUCUUAAAAAAUCAGAGCAAAGUGACUUUUGGCCACAGAGGCUUCAAGCCAAGGCCUCCCUUCCAUCAGAUGGAAAAUGUCUUCUCCUACCCCGGCUCGGUGUCCCAGGACCUGUGGAACAAAGGGCCGGCCUCGCUCAGCAACGUGUCCCACCUGAAAAUCUGCAUCACCCACGUGGCCGGGGGGGGCCUGCCCGGCAUCAAGAGGCUGGAGGUGUGGGGACAGCCUGCCAAGUCCUGCCCUCAGGAGGUGAUCGAGGGUGUCUUCCAGGUGGCCUCACAGUUCCUGGCCCAGGACGUCGGCAGCCUGAAGCCGGAGCUGUGGGCGCCGAUGGAGAGCGACUGCGUCCCCUUCGGAGCCAGCGAGCAGCAGGCCCUGCACAGGCUGGUGGAUGUCGUCCAGGACAUCCCUGAAGAAUUCCUGGACCCCAUCACUCUGGAGAUCAUGACCUUACCCAUGCUGCUGCCCUCUGGGAAGGUGAUUGACCAGAGCACGCUGGAGAAGUGCAACCGCAGCGAGGCGUGCUGGGGCCGGGUCCCCAGCGACCCCUUCACGGGCGUGGCCUUCAGCCAGCACUCACAGCCCCUACCUCACCCCACCCUCAAGGCCAGGAUAGACCACUUCCUGCUGCAGCACAGCAUCCCUGGCACCAACCUGCUGGGCAGGGCUCACCUCUCGGGGAGCCCGGUGCCCUCCUCCAUCACCCUGUCCUCUCUGAAAAGGAAAAUGGACUGCAUGGAUCAGGGCUCCCUGCAGCCACCCUAUUUUAAUGCUACAAACUUACUUGUCACGGCUACCUCAGAGAACAGUGCUAAAAAAAUGAGAACUGACAGUGACUCCCACUUGAUCCAGAUGGACUGUUCCACAGAUCUGGUGUCCCACGAGCAGAAGCUGUCAGAGAGCCUGGACUCUGCCCUGACCUCAGCUCUCAGCUCCAUGCCCUCCUUCACAGCCAAGCUGAUGAAGAGCCAGCAGCAGGCUCCAGGAGAGGGGGGCUGCAGCACUUCCUGGAGUGUGGGCACAGUCCUUGAGCACAACAGGAGCAGCCAGAGCCAGGCAUGUGCUUCCUGUGGCAAAUCCUUCUCCUGCUACUUCAAGGCAGAGCCCGUGUACCAGCUCCCCUGCGGGCACCUGGUGUGCCGGCCCUGCCUGGCCGAGCGCCAGAAGGCUCCAGCGUCCCCCAUCCACUGUGGCAGCUGCAAGAGGCUGGCAGCCAGCCAGGAUGUCAGGAGGGUUCACUUCUGACCCCAGGGCUGCCAGCAGGAGGAGCAGGAGCUGCUGCUGUGCCCCAGGAGCCGGAGAGUGGAGAGGACUCGGAGUUGUGCUCACAGAGCAGGGGUGGGGGGUUAGAGCACAGUGCCAGAGCCUGAGGAUGACAAAAGCCAUAGCUUCUUUAUCAAGGAAUAUGUAUUUAUGCAGGACUGGUGUCCAGCACUGCCCUGGGGCUCAGAGCUUUAGCACAGGUGCCUUUGGGACCAGCUCAGCUUCCCCCGCCAGUUUGACCAGCAGCCAGCCGGUUGUGGAGCAGGUAAAGCCCUUGUGAGUGACCACACACACACACUGCCCCCUCUGACCUCCUCCCCUUGCCCACCUCGCCCUCCCCUCCCUGCUGGGAGUGAGAGGCUGUGGUGAGGUGAGGGGCUGGCAGUGAUCUCACCCUGCUCAUCCAGACUUGUAGAAAAGCCAUCCCAUCCCACCCUCUCGGUUUAUGUCGUGUGACCAGCCCAGCUCCUGGCUGGCUGAUAGACAUUUAAGCCUUAAUAAAAUGUUUAAAGUCA